AUAAUUAACUGUCAUUGCGGUGUUGAUACUCAAAUAAUCGUAAUUAAAAAAUGUCGCAGUUAAAAUUAAAUUGCGGGUCAAUUAUUGACAGUAAUUGUCUCGAUCAAUUUGCAAUUGAAAGGAACAAUAAUUCUAGUAACAGUAAUUUAAUUACUGCAAUAAUAAAAUUUCGUAAAUUACAAAAUAAAAAUAAUGAAACCCAACCACUGAAAUUGGUCAUUGAUAAUCGCAUUAAUUUAUUAGCAAAUAACAAAUCCCAUAAAAUUUGUGGCAUUGAAUAUGUUUGCCAUGGGUGUAAUAAAUUAUUCAUGUCAGCAGAAAAGUACAAUGAACAUGUGCUGAUCAAUCAUAAAAAUAGGAAGUCUCUGAAGUCUGAUGGAUUUAACACGGAACCCAAUAAAAAGUUAAAUUUUCCAAUUUCCCUGGAGGAAAAAAAUAUCUAUGAGCACACAUGUCCCCACUGUACAUUCACAAGUAAAGAAAUGAGUGGUCUAAAAGUGCACUUGGCCUCUCAUUCUGAUGACCGCCCUUACCAAUGUCCAGAUUGCAAUCGUGCUUUCAAGACUAAAUCCUAUUUGAAUAAUCACUUGCGUCUUCACUCUAGUUAUCUGCCUUACAAAUGCCCAGAUUGUGCAUUUGAAAGCACACGACCCAAUGAUUUAAAACGUCAUGCUCGUGUUCAUACGAGCAAGAAACUGUACGAGUGCGAUAUUUGUAAAAAUAAAUUUACUCAGUUAUCCAAAUUGAAAUUACACAAGAUCGCACAUCACGCGAAUUCAUUUGUCAACGUAACACUCGCAUGUUCAUUUUGUGCUAAAAAAUUUUCAGACAGUUAUAGUUUGAUGCUUCAUAAAAAAAUCCACAGGAAAGGAAGUCGUUAUUAUUGUACCGAAUGUUCUUAUUCAGUAUGUAAAGCAUCUGGCCUUAGGAAUCAUUUUAAAAAAAAGCACAUUGGAGAACUUGAAUAACUGUAAUUUUUAACACUUUUGUUGUUAUUUAAGUUUAUAAUUUAAUUCAUGUCAACAUGAAUUGAAUAUGUUAAUUAUUUUAAUAAUUUUAUAAUGAUUAUUGUAGCUGGUA